AUGCAAAACGGUACGGUUUGUGCGCUUUUACGACACGGUCCCUUUAGGAACGGUUCACUCCACGCCACACUGCUCGCGUCACUCUCCACGACAAACAAAGGAGAAGAGGAAGAAGAAAAGAGAGGAGUUCAGCUGACUGAAGCAGCAGCAGACACAAAAGGCUCUGCUGGAAUGGCCCUUAACUCGGAGUUCACAGAAGGCACCGAAGCGGCCAACUCUCUCCAGUCUAUCUGCUACAAGCGUGGCUCGCUUCAGCUACUCGAUCAGAGGAAGCUACCUCUGCAAACUACAUACUUGGAUAUCCGAGACUCCACAGAUGGAUGGCAUGCGAUCAAAGAUAUGGUGGUGCGCGGUGCGCCUGCCAUUGCCAUUGCCGCAGCUCUGUCCUUGGCUGUAGAAGUGUUUAACUUGGAGGAUUUCAAUGGAACACCCGAUGAAGCGUUUUCUUUCAUUGUAAUGAAAUUGGAAUAUCUGGUCUCCAGCCGACCAACUGCUGUCAAUCUUUCAGAUGCUGCAGCUAAACUAAGACAAAUUGCAUCCACGGUAGCUGCUGCAACUUUGGAUGCGAAGAAUGUGUUUGAGGCUUUUAUAGAAGCUUCUGAAAUUAUGCUCAAGGACGAUGUUGCUUCAAACAAGGCUAUUGGGUCUUAUGGAGCAAGUUUCAUUCAGCACCUACUGGAAAACUCUAAGAGCAUUUCUAUGUUGACCCAUUGCAACACUGGCAGUCUUGCAACAGCUGGUUAUGGUACUGCCCUUGGUGUUAUACGUUCACUUCAUACUGAAGGAGUGUUAAAAAGGGCCUAUUGUACAGAGACACGCCCAUUCAACCAAGGAUCCCGACUUACAGCAUUUGAGUUGGUGCAUGAUAACAUACCUGCCACUCUUGUAGUAGAUUCGGCUGCAGCUGCAUUAAUGAAAGAUGGACGUGUGAAUGCUGUAGUUGUUGGAGCAGAUCGUGUUGCUGCAAAUGGUGACACUGCGAACAAGAUUGGGACCUACAGUCUUGCCGUAAUCGCAAAGUACCAUAACAUUCCAUUUUUUGUUGCUGCACCACUCACUUCCGUCGACUUAGCUCUUUCUUCUGGACAAGAGAUAAUAAUAGAGGAAAGAUCUCCAAAGGAAUUGUUGCACUCACAAGGGGGACUCGGGGAACAAGUUGCUGCAUCUGGAAUCUCUGUCUGGAACCCAGCGUUUGAUGUUACCCCUGCUAAUCUAAUUGCCGGCAUCAUAACAGAGAAGGGUGUCAUAACAAAAAAGGGCACCGAUUCUUUCGACAUAAAGGGUUUUGUUCAGAAGGCAGCCUUGCAGUCCGGUGCAUAG